AUGAUAGUUGAAGCAAGACCAACGUCACACCUAGCAGAUCAUAGUCACACCACACAGACCAUCGUAUCGCAUGCGCAGACCAUCGUCACACCACGAAGACCAUCGUCCCGCACGCGCAGACCAUCGUCCCCCAACGCAGAUCAUCGUCACGCCGCGCAGACCAUCGUCACACCACGAAGACCAUCGUCCCUCACGCGCAGACCAUCGUCCCCAAACGCAGAUCAUCGUCACGCCGCGCAGACCAUCGUCCCGCACGAGCAGACCAUCGUCACGCCGCGCAGGUCAUCGUCACGUCGCACAGGUCAUCGUCACACCGCGAAGAUCAUCGUCACGCCGCGCAGAGCAUCGUCCCGCACGUGCAUACCAUCGUCACAACACCCAGACCAUCGUCACGCCGCGCAGAUUAUCCUCACGCCGCACAGAUCAUCGACACGCCGCGCAGAUCAUCGUCACGCCGCGCAGAGCAUCGUCCCGCACGAGCAUACCAUCGUCAUAACACCCAGACCAUCGUCAGACCACGAAGGUCAUCGUCACGCCGCGCAGACCAUCGUCAUAACACGCAGACCAUCUUCACGCCGCGCAGAUCAUCGUCACGCCGCGCAGACCAUCGUCCCGCACGAGCAUACAAUGGUCACAACACCCAGACCAUCGUCACGCCGCGCAGAUCAUCGUCACACCACGCAGAUCAUGUAA